AUGCAUGGUUUCUUUGUGCUCGGUUUUCCAAAAUGGCAACGAUUUGAAGAGUACUUUCAGAAAAUUCUCAAAAAGUAUAAACCAAAAGUGCACAAACAGCUUGAAAAGGAGGGGAUUCCCUACAGCUACUUAACAAAAUGGUGGUUCGGGUGUUUCUUGGAUCGGGUACCUUUUCCGCUUGCUCUGAGACUUUGGGACGUUUUUCUUUAUGAGGGUGACACGAUACUGAUGGCUAUGGCUAUUAACAUUAUGAAAAUGCAUGAAAGAUCAAUACGGAAGUUAACUUUGGAAACGUUUAUGAAGUUUAUUCAAUCAACGCUGGCCGAGGAUUUUCAAUUUCCAGAUGAUGAGGUGAUGAAAUCGCUGCGAGAAGUUUUGACCAAAUUGAUUAGUGAUCGUACACAACACCCUCCACCACCAGGUCCCGAAGCAUUACCCGAGAUACCGACAAAGGCUUUUGGUCCAGUGCUGGCUCGUUCACUGAAGGAAAUCCAAGAUCAAGUGUCGGAAUUGCGGAGUCGAUCUAGUCGAGCUAAUUACAAACCAACGAUGGGCUCAACGACGAACCUGGUGGCAAGUGUGGCCACAAUGGGAAGCGGUUUAUGCAUGAUUGUUGUGUUGAUCCUUUGCGCACAUCUCGCCUGGGAUAUCAACAAUUUUCAUGAGGAAACAAAGGAGAAUAUGGGAGAGUUUCAGAGAUCCAAAAGAGGCGCCGAGAAGAAAUUAGAGAAUUGCAAUUGCGGAGAACAUCACGAUCAUGGAUGUCCUGUUGGACCACCCGGACCAAAAGGGGAAUCGGGAGAACCAGGCGAUGAUGGUACUCCGGGAGAACCCGGGCAGAAGGGUCGAAGUGGUUACUCGAAUAUUGUCAGCGAAGGAGAGUGCAUUCAGUGUCCACAAGGACCACCAGGACCACCGUCAAUCGGUAAACCGGGUCGUCCGGGCCGUCCUGGUCGACAAGGAGCCCGCGGGAACAAAGGAGAAAAUGGAUUACCUGGAGAGCCAGGAUUCGAUGGUCCACCAGGUCCAGCCGGUAGCCCGGGUAAUGAUGGAGAGCCGGGUUUGGAUGGAAAAGACGGAGAGCCGGGCAGAGAUGGAGCACCGGGAGGAGAUGCUGCUUAUUGCCCAUGUCCGGCCAGGAGCUCGGGGGUCAACUCCUACAACGGCCUCAAUGGCGGCUAC